AUGGAAGCCUCUCCGCUUGAGUGUUUUGUGACUCAGACACAGGGCAUCAUGUCGCUUGUGGAUUCAGAAGCUGCCUUCACCCAGCGAUGCCAGGAGGUGAAUGCGGGAACCAUUCACACAGCUUUGCGUGACAAUGGUGUCACGACCUUCGCUAGUCUGGCUUAUGCAUGCGGCACACCUCAGGAUCGCCCUACGCAGACCGAGCUGGAUGCGUUCAGUACUAGGAUUCUCGGAGCUGCACCUCGCUUGGGCGACGUCUCGCUCUUGAAGCGACUCAUCUUCGAAUCAUGCACCUUUGUGAUCGCACAGUUACGCCAGAAUGUUCAAGGCGAUGCUUCUGAGACCCCUAAGAAACUCCCCCUGGCUGAAAAAGCGGCUCGAGCGGCCGAUCAUAAACGCCGCUUGGCGGGGGUCCACAUAGAGAGGGACUCUGUGCCAUCUUAUGCCUUGGUGGAUUUGUGCUUCCAUAUGAUCGAGGUCGGGGUGACAUGGAUCAGCCCAGGCCGCUGCACGAGUCGCGAAAGCGAGAUCCAACUCUCGACCCGCGAUCAAACCAAGGUGUUUAAGCUGGAGGAUAACAGCUUGAAAGUCGGAAACGAGGGCCCAGAUGAUGUGGCCUGCUUCGACUCUCCCAUACGGCUACAGUGGUGUCUUCAAAGGAGAGGCCUUGCACUUGAUCAAGCUCGCUUAAUGUCUUGGCAACAACAUGAGAGGUGGGUGCAUUGCCUCCUCCACGCACUCACGCGCGAGUGCCCUUCAGGGUUCCACAAGCCGGAUAUGAACCGGAUUGUGCAAGCAGACCGGGAGGCAUGGCUCAUUCUUGCAUCGGAGGUGCCGAGUCUCAAGGUCACAGCCGCCGGUGAGUUUCCGCUUGGUGUUGCACUCGAGGCCCUCCGCACUGACCCAAGAAUCACCAUGUAUCUUAUGCCUACUUGGGGCAGGCAGCCUGACGUCAAGAUGCCUUUGGAUGUCCCGUCCCCACCAAAGGAUGGCGAGGGUAUCUCUCGCUCGGCAAAACGUCGGAGGCGCUUGAAGGCGGCGGCGGCACGGAAUGCCACGCCGCCUGGAAAGUCGACUUCGACCCCAAAAGGGGCACGUGCCAUGCCUGCCGAGUUGAAGGGCACGCACCAGAAAACCGAAGAUGGCAAGCUCAUUUGUUGGGAUCACAACUGCGGCGGCUGCAAGCUCAAGGCUGACGGUGAUCCCCCAGCGUGCCAGCAUGGUGUUCAUGUUGAGGCUGGACGGAUCACUGGCCAGAAUGACGACGGGCUGGGAUACACUUUUUCUCCGGUGCCGGUGACAGCACAGGACCUUUCUUCUGCUGAAUCGCUGGCCGCCCAGUGCCUGAAUCUUGGCUUUGCAAGUUUUGCACAGCUUCGCGAGCUCAGUGCUCGCCUGCCGGCGGACUCUGUGGGGGCACCUUCAGGCCAACCUGUUGCUCCUGCGGAUCCCAAAUCUUUUACUUCUGGAGCCUACGUGCACCACGACAAGAACGGGCUUCGAUCCAAUUGUUUUGCAUUUCCUUUUUCCACACAACUGCUUGCACUCAUAUUGUCGGCUGAGUUUCCUGAUGCCUGUUUUUCUUCAGUGGGCCUAUUCUUCAACUUGAAGGCGCCGCUUCAUUCAGAUCGCAACAAUGAUCAUCGGCACGCCAACCUGUUGCUGCCAGCCUCGCAUUUUUCCGAUGGUCAGGUUUGGGUGGAAGGUCGCGGGCAGCAUCCGUGUCCUGACCUCUCCGCCAAACGCCUUGGUUACCUGCUUGAUGUGGCUUCUGGCCCGCAACGGCUGCCCUCAGAGCGUCUUCACAGUACAUGCCCCUGGACGGGGGACCGCCUGCUCGUGGUGGGUUUCUGCGUUCGUGAUACACAACGACUCUGUGAACGGGACUGCCACUGGCUGCGGGACUCUGGUUUUCCACUGCCCGGCCCUCCCCAAGAUCAUGCGGCCGCUCCUCGCCAGGUCACUUCAACGACUUCUUCGCCCUCUUUGUCUACCUCUACGACGCCGCCGCCACAGGCCUCAGCUUCCAUCGCCAAGCGCCGCCGCGUUGCAUAUCGGCCUGCCUUGCCAGUGCAUUCUACAGCAACGUCGUCUAAAUCUAUGACGCCAACUACACCGGACGACCAACAUGCUGAUGCAUUUGCUGAGAAGAUCUUCCCGAACAACCUGGCUCCACUUGUUAUCGAAAUCUUUGCUGGCACCGCCCGCCUCAGCACUGUUGCUGGGCGCAUGGGCUUUCGUACUUUGGCGGUGGACCGCUCCUCGCAGAGAACCAAUUUCUCUAUACAACGACUGGACCUUACGUUGGAUGCCGACUUGCAGACGCUGCUUGACAUCAUCAAUCUGGAGGCUGACAACAUUGCUUGGAUCCAUUUGGCACCUCCUUGUGGUACGGCCUCGGCGGCACGAUCCAGACCUUUACAUAAGGCUGAGCACUACGGCUGCCCUGUGCCUCAACCACUACGCAGUGUCACGGAGCCGCAGGGCCUCUCCACACUGACCGGUGCCGACCGCGAUCGUGUGCUCGCUGCCAACAAGUUGUACCGAGCUGUCGGCUGCAUCGUUGACCUCGCCCUGCAGCUUGGUCUUUUCGCGACCGUUGAGAACCCUCUCAACAGCUUGGCUUGGCUAUGUGACGGCCUCGACCACCUUUGUCGCCGUGAAGAUAGCUACCAACUCAUCUUUGAUGCUUGCAUGCAUGGCGGGGAUCGCGACAAAACUACCUUAUUCUGGUGCUCCGACCCACGCUUUCAGUCGCUGGCGCUGCGUUGUUCCCGUGACCACAAACACGCAUCCUGGAAGCCUCGCUUUGUGGAUGGGCAUUGGCAAUUCCCCACUGCUGCGGAGGCGGCAUACCCUUGGCUUCUUUGCGAACGGAUGCUUUACAUUCUGGCUGAGAGUUUUCCUGCAUUGGCUUCAACUUCACAGCAGCCGCGAGCCUGUGAGCAAGUCGCACUGCAGCGACAGCCAAAAUAUGCUCGACCUCUGGUUUCAUGCUACCAAUCACACGACUGCUGGGCUGUACCUGUACGCUCCGCGGAUGCUGCGGCACCUCUUUUGAAGUGCUACCCCAAAGGUGCUCGUGUGACGCAACGCAAACUGGUGCCGUGGGGAGCAGUCCGGGUUUGCGCUGCCUCGAAAUAUCCUGGCUUCGACAGACAUAGUUCUGCAGAGUUGCUGGGAGGGACGGCCAAGAUCUAUCAACCUGACACUUCCGAUUUCUCUUUGCUUGCAAGCGAGGAUAAAAACGACGUGUACGAGGUGGUGGGAAUGGUGUGCGAUGACAAUCCUUGUGCGACCCAGGCAGAAAUUCUUACUAUUGGAAUUCCACGUGAACCGGAGGACUUUGUGAAGGCUGCGGUCCAGGCGGGGCACCCUCGCAAUGCAAUACUGGUCAAUCGCCAAGGGCCGGCAAAGGAAAUCGCUGCCAACGUAGUUAUGCCAGCAGAGGAGCGCAAGAAAAGGGCCGAUGAGGCUCGGGAUGCGUGGAAGAAAAUUUCCAAGGAGUCAGCUGAGACCAACGACGCGCUUAUGAAACAAAAGCCCGCGUACUUGGCGAGGGCGCUGGCUGGCAAGAACCACACAGUCUCGAUGGAAUCCCAGACAAGUGCCGCCGCACCUGCCUCGGCAAAGGCUGCAAAUGUUCAAGGUGGGGCUGGUGAGUUCACUUUCCCGCCUUUGCCGCCUCUAGUGGUCAGAGACUUCACAGGUGAGGUGCCAUUACCACAGGAUUUCCCAGGCUUUGGCGAAUCGUCGGACGGCAGCUUCAGUCGAGUUAGCCUAGGUUGCGAGCGUGUCGGGAACGACCUACACCUCACUCAGCUUGAAUUCCCGGAAGACUGGGAAGAGGACCCGUCACAGGUCCCCGAUGCUUGGACGCCUCCUGGUGUGGAGACCUUGGAGCGAGCCGAUAGGGAUGUGGCCGGUCUGAUGCGAGACAUUUUCGGAAGCGACGAUUCUCAUGUAGGGCACAUGGAAUCGGGGACAGCCUCGAAUGCACCCCGACAGCAGUCGGUUUCUUCGGUCCCUGUUCUUGACCAAGCUGCGUCGUUGGCCCAUGCAGAUGCCUCUGCUGAAGGGCUUAGCUUGGAAGCCCCCGGGGCAUUCGCUUCGACCGCGGGUGUCGUAGAUGAUGCUUUGGGUUCCUUUGUAGGAGGGCUUGUUAAGCAGGAUGUUGCUAGAUUCGGCAAACUUGAUGACGGUCUUAGGCUUCCGUGGGAGAGUGAGUUCUCCAAGCUGCUUUUCGACCCAGACUGUGUGUGGGACCCUUUGCAAGGUCGCAAGCAGGGGUCGAUCUUCCCGCCGAUCACACACAAUGCCCAGGCAGCCCGCAAACCUGAAGCCGGGUCCAAGGAUGCUCCGUCGGGUUCGAUUUUCGCCUGGGCCAUUGCGUUGGGUUCUGCAGCUCGCGAUCCCGCCGCGGAGCGAGAGCGUAAGAGGGAGCAAGGUAUCGGCAUGUGGAGUAGACUUGUGCUGAGGUACUCUGAGUGCUGCUCUCUUUUCGAGUGUGUCUGUCAGGGAAUGAGAAACAGAGAAGCGGGCUACGAGGACGUUGUACUGGCUGUUUCAGCUGCUGUGGGAGUGAAAUCACCGCACACCAUACACAAACGAGCUGCAUCCUUUUGGACCUUCGUUCGAUGGCUAGAUGUCCACGAGCCCUUAGCCCCGAGCGGGCUGCAUGAGGUGCAGGUGUGGAAUUUUGUGCAGUUCCUCAAGGAAACUUCUGCGCCGGCCUCCAAGGCUGCUUCUGUCCUGAGUGCUUUCAGGUUUGCUCACUUUGUGCUGGGGUUCCGUUUGUCGGGCAUAGUUGAUUCUAGGAGGAUUGCCGGAGCCACUGAGCAGCAGCUUGUGAACGUGCGCAAACUCCGCCAGGCUAAAGAUCUUACGGUCUCGCAGGUACUCGAGUUGCACGCAAGGUUGGAGUCGGGAGCCUUGCACUGCUUUGACCGCGUACUCCUCGCUUCUCUGCUGAUUAGGCUGUAUGCUAGGGCUCGCCCGAGCGAUUUCCUUUUCGUUGAGUCGGUCGAGGUUGACUGCCCGCCUGGAGCCGACUACCCGUUGUUAGUGUUCGAAGUUUCCCAGCACAAGGGGGCCAGGAAGGUGCAGCUUAAGACCAAGCUGCUGCCGAUCCUAGUUCCCAUGAUCGGGGUCCACGGAAAGUGCUGGAUUGAUGAAGCCUUGAGUGCUUUCCGGAAGGCGGGGAGAAGCUUGACUUCGGUUCGGGGUCCUCUGACCUUGGCGCCUGCCGAUGAAUCAGGGGUCGUCUCUUCGAGGAGGUCCAUCGCUUCCUCCGAAGUGGGCAAGAUGUUGCGAGCUUUCCUAGGUUUGCCUGAGGAGGUCACCGAUCCUUCGGCCCCCAGGGUCACUGCAUACUCGUUGCGAGGCACUUGCUUGGGAGGGGGAGGUAAGUUCGGGUUUGACGAGGACCUGAAAAGCAUCUUGGGGAGACAUGCGUCCUCGGUCAAGACUACGCAAGCCAUCUACAGCAGAGAACUGUCAGCUGCACCGGUCAGACGGCUUCAGGACAUGAUCAGAGAAGUUGCAGCCGGAAACUUCUUCCCUGAUAACAGUCGCUCGAGUUACUUCCCGAGGCGAGCAGUUGGUAACGAGGAGGUCACGAUCCGGGGCUCCGACAAAGGAUCAGAGAAGCUCAAUCCAGUCAAGGUUGAGGUGGUCAGCAGUGACGAGUCCGAGGCAGGGAACUCUGUUUCCUCGGACAAUGAGUGCAGCGAUUCCUCUCAGUCAUCGCAGUCUUCCUCCUCGUCGUCUGCGAGCGAGGCGGUUCAGCCUGCUGUUCGUAGGUGGAAGCGAGCUAAAGUCGAGGAGCCAGACCAGGUGUGGUAUGUGAACACUUCGAGUGGGGUCUUGCAUCUGCUUGCCAGCCCCGAUGAUGUUCCGAUGCUGCUCGCAUGUGGGCGACCCGUAAGUGGGAACUAUCGUGAAGCGACGAGGAUCGAAGUCAGUCGUGGCAAAGAGUGCCGGACCUGCCGGCGCAAUGUUGGCCUCAGUCGCGAAAGCCUCAGGGCGCUCGCGGACCAUGGGAUCGAUACUUUGAGCAAGCUGGCUUAUUCCUGUGGCCAGCCGGGCACGCCGCUGCCUCAAUCUGAGUUCGAUGAUUUCAUUUCCACGGUCAUGCCAGCGGCACUCUUGGGUGAGAAAGGAAGCGUGAAGCGGCUUCUCUUCGAGAGUCAAGCACUCCUGCUUAAUGAUCUCAGGGAACAGGUGACCCAGCCCGAUAAGUGGUCUACGCGAGACGUUCCGACGGUCGAACGUCAGAAGAGGAUGGAGGCCGUGCGAGCCAGCAUACCGGGUGUUGUGCUUGAGGGGUCCCUGGAGCCUUCCCAUGGUCUCUUGAAUGCAGCUUGUCGAAUGGAAAGAGAGGGGCAGCUUCGCUACAUAGCCCCCGAGCAGUGCGGCACUCGCAUGUAUGAGAUCCAGAAUGUUAAGGCCCAGAGUAAAACCCUGUCAUUGGAGGAGGGCAAGUUGGCGAUUUCUGAGGAGAAAGGGUUGCCAGAAGUAGCCUGCGGGUCAGCCUUGUUAUUGCAAGAGGCUUUGAAGCGCCGAGGUGUGGCUCUCCAGUUCGCCGGUGUAGCCAGUUACGUGGCACAUGAAAGGUAUGUCCUCAAACUCUUUGGGCAUAUGGGGCGAGAGCCCCCGCCAGGCUAUGCAAGGACUAGUGUACACCAACUCCUUACGGCAGAUAGGCAGGUCUGGACGCGAAUGAUCGAAAACGAAAUCAGUCCGAAAAGGAGUGCAGAUGGGACAUACCCUGUUGAUCGGGCUCUGCUCUCCACACUUGAGACCUUUGACGUAACUGUAGCCCUCCUUCCGCGAAAGUCCGAGGAAAGCAAGAAGAGGGUCGCCACGCCGCACAAGCCCGGGGUUGAGCGAGACACUAAAAUUACGAAGCCCCCCAAGGGCAAAGGUAAAGGCAAGAAGGGCACAUGGCAGCCCAGUGUGCCGGAAGCCAUCCGUAAACUGGGUGGAGUUGCAGAGACUCCCGACAAGAAGCGCAUUUGCUUCUCCAGGCCGCUGUUACACCAGUCGCAUCGACCUCCGCUGGAGGUCAUGAUUCACCGUAAGCUUGCCGAUGUUUUGCAAUUGAUCACUAUGCUUGAGAGCGAGACCCCGGCGAGGGGACAAGAAGCGCCAAACACUUUCUCCUGGACUUCGGGAGCAUAUGCCAAAGGUGGAGAGGUCUGGCAAAAAGGGCCCGGCAACGACGUCGUGCAGGCCGAUCUGGCCACGCCCAAAGGACAGGACUUGUGCAUGGAGUGGAUAUCGUCACCUAGGUUAGCCGGCCUUUUUGUGACUCCGCCUGCUCACUUGGGCAGUGCUUUGGACCAAUUCUUGGCAGCAGCCUUGUUACAUGUCCUCGGCCGAGGGGCGGUCUGUGUUUUGGCCCAGUCGGGCGAUGGGCCGUUCUGGACGUCCGACUGCUGGAGCAAGGUCUCUUCGCAUUUUACUUUUGUGUCGUGCCACGACUGCGCAUACGAAGGAAACCACCUGAGCACUACCAUCUUUGCUGUCACCGAUCGCUCAUUUUCGAAGCUUGCUCGAUUUUGCUCGGGCAACUCGUGCCGCCAGGACCGUCUGCCUGAGUCCAAAUUGCAUGGCGCCCAUCCGGUGCGUCUUGCCACGCAGAUAGCUUGCUGUUUUGCUCAACACUUCGUGCAAAAGGGCUGGCAAUCGCCCCCGCAAACUUUUGAUGCUUUUGAUCCUCGCUUGGAAGUUCCUAUGUCUCGUGCUUUGGCUGGUGCCCAACCUCGGGCCAGCAAGAUACCGCCACUAGUUAGUGAGCAUCAGCGGGUCCUAGUCUUGCAGCACCCUCCGGGGCUCGUGCUGCCGUGUCAGCCGAUGCAACGACUCCGAAACCCGUGGCCCGUGCCGCCACAGUGUGGUGCCACCCUGGCACACAUCCCGGCAAAAGCUCAGCUGCUCCGGCACGUGCCAAUAGUGCAAGCUGGGGGUAAAGAACUGGUGAAAGUUGAUUCUUGGGAGAUGGCUUGGGGGUUACCCUGGGAGCCUGAGGAGUUCAUGCAGAAGGCGUCCGAAUCAUGUCACCCAAGGUCGAUGGGCUCGGUGCUCCCGGCCCCCUUGAAUGAUACUCUUGAAUCCUUGGAUAAGUUGGUGGGAGACGCCGAAGUUUCCGCUUUGAGGGCUAGGGUAAUCAAGGAGUGGUUGCACUUGGCGACUUCGUUGUCCUCCAAUGAGGCGGAGCUGAAGGCCAGCAUGCACCCCGAUGUCCGUGAGAUUACAGCAUCCAAACGCAUCCUCUUGUGGGAAGCUUUGCUUAAGAAAUACGAUUACCCAGACCAGUGUGUGUCGAGCCUUCUCAAGGAAGGCGUCCCGUUGGUGGGGCAUGCGCCCAUUUCGGGCAAGGUCUUGUUCAAAAUCUUGGGCAAGGCGUUUGAUCUCACUGCAGCUUACCGGCAGAUGCCAGUCCACCCAGACACAGCCUGGGCAGCGUACGUUUGCUUCGUGCAUCCAGACACGAACGAGCGAGUGUACUUUCGGAUGAAGGCCAUGCCAUUUGGAUCGGCAAUGGCAGUCUACGCUUUCCUUAGGAUUAGUCAUUCCUUGUGGUUUCUCGGUGCAAAGGCAUUGCUUUUGCCUUGGUCGUCGUUUUUCGAUGACUUGUCACUUUUGCGACGACGGGGUUGGGCGUUCGCCGAGUCCGGCGAAAAGGCAAAUGACUUUUCCGAGUGCUUCCAGGCGCUUGGAAUCAUGGUGGACCUUCGUGCAUGCCUUGAUGGCACCAUAAGCUUCAAGAACACUGCAAAGCGGGUCUCCGAGAUCAGGGCGUUCGUGGGCAAGGUGCUUGAGUCAGGUAGGUUGCCACAUCACGAGGCUCUAAGGCUCAGGGGUAGGUGCCAGUUCGCCGAUUCGCAAAUCUUCGGUCGUACUGGGAAGAAGUGCUUGGGCCUGAUCACUGCUCAUGCUUACGGCUUUGACGAUGUAAUCAGUCGCGAACUCAGGGCAUCGCUCGAGAAGUUCCUGCUCAGGCUCGAGGUCGGGGCCCCGCGCUUGAUCAAGAUCCUUGAGGGCGGAUCAUGGCAUGUGUACACAGAUGCUUCGUAUGAGCCAGGGGCAGGGCAUAGUUUCUGCGGCCUAGGAGGGGUGCUGGUUGAUCCUACUGGUGUUCCACGAAAAUUCUUUUCACUUGUUUUGAGCGAUGCACAGAAAAACUUUCUUGGCGAGCAGAAUUCUGCACAGAUCAUCUUCCAGGCUGAAAUGCUAGCAAUGGCAGUGGCACUGGACGUAUGGUUGCAGGACUUGAUGGGGCACACGGCAAUCUUCUUUGUGGACAAUAACGGUGUGCGUGACGCAGCUAUCUCUGCGAAUGCCAGAGCUUCAGUCGCGAGACGGUUGUUGGAGGCGUUUCUGCAGAAGAUGCUUUGGGCUGACUUGCGUGAUGGCUUCCGCUUGACAGGAUGGAUGAGAGAGACCGGAAUCUUCAAACCUAGAGUCAAGGCACCGGAAUCCUCUCUUGAAAGUCUGCUAGCACAAUCGUCUUACCGAUCUCCCAUGACUAUGAGCCGGAUAACAAACACGAAGCCGGACGAGACGUCUAGAAAGGCGUGGGCUGAAACCCAAGAGGAGGAGCGCAAGGGCUGGAUCUUCGAGGACACCGCCCCUGACUUCAGCAACAUCAUUCUGGCGCACCGCUUCGGGCUUGAGCAGAAAAACAAAGUACGGGUGAUUGACAACGGCAAGGAUUGCGGCUUGAACAUGGCUUGCGGGCUGCCAGAGAAGUUCACCCUGCACGGGGUCGACGUUCUGGCGGCUGUCUUCCUUGAGUUGUUGAAUAUGCCACGUGACCGCUUGUUCAAAUUGGAUUGGUGUGUUCGACACGGACAGCAAGAGGCGCGGAUCUAUGGGACUAAUGUCCUACCUUUCGGUGCCACCGGAAGCGUGGCUGGCUUCCUUAGGGUGUCAGCCGCCGUAUGGCACACUGGCGUCCGAGACAUGGGCUUGGGCUGGUGCGCAUACUUCGAUGAUUUUCCAUUGCUAUCUUGUGAUGGAAUGGAGGAACAGAUCGAAGAACUCGCCGACGAAGUGUUCGAGGCUCUUGGGAUUCAGUAUGCCAAAGAGGGCAAGAAAGCAACAAAGUUUGAUGCGGUUUUUAAUGCGCUUGGCUUGGCCUUCGACCUGUCGGGAUUCGAGAGCGGGGUCAUCUCCAUCACACAUACCAGCGAUCGAAAGAAGGAGUUGAACGACGCUCUCGCGAACAUCUUGCAGACGGGAAGACUUAGCCCCAAGGAGGCUGAAGUCCUCCGCGGGCGCAUGCAUUGGUAUUCUUCUUACUUGUUCGGACGGGCACCGUGCGAAGCUAUGCACCAACUUUCCUUGAGAGCCAGGGGAAUCGAUGGUUCAUCGGAACUGAGCGCUGAUCUGGAAUGGGCGGUGAGGACACUGCUCCAACACGUCAGUACCUCGAGACCCUUGGAGUUGAGGCAGACUUCCGGGAGAGAGCUCUUCAUUUUUACUGAUGGAUCUUAUGAACCUGGCGCUGGGGUUGUGGCCGGCAUCGGAGGAAUCAUUUACGAUGCCUCUGGCGUCCCGUUGGCUUUCUUCAGCUCGGAGAUCCCCAAGUCUGAUUUGGAAGUGCUGGAGGCUGAAUCCGAGCAUCCAAUCUAUGAAGUCGAACUCUACGCGGUCCUAGUGGCGUUCAUGCUAUGGGCGGAAGUGUUGAGAGAUACCUUCAGCACCUUCUACUUAGACAACGAAGCUGCGCAAUCCGCUUUGAUUGCUGGCCGCUCUGGGACUCGAAACGGACGACGGCUCUUACAGCAGGUCUUAUCGCUGGAACAUGACAAUAUGGCUAGGCCGUGGUUUGGGCGUGUGCCUACCCACUCGAACCCGGCAGACCCGCCUAGCCGACAGAUCGUGGACCACCUGAUCAGACAAGGCGCAAGGCAGGACGAUGUCGACUUGGGCUGUCUGCUGCUUGAAAGGCCUCCGGAUACGGGCUGA